UUCUGUUUCUGAAUAUUUCGUUUAGUUAUUUUUGUUUUUGAUUCUUUUACAAUUUGGGAAACGAAAUGGAGUCAAAGUUCCAUGCUUUUAUGUUUCCUUGGUUUGCUUUUGGUCAUAUGAUUCCGUUUCUACAUCUUGCAAACAAACUAGCUGAGAAAGGUCAUCGGGUUACUCUCUUGCUACCCAAGAAAGCUCAAAAACAGUUGGAACAUCACAACCUGUUCCCGGACAGUAUUGUCUUUCAUCCUCUCACAAUCCCUCCUGUCAAUGGCCUCCCUGCUGGUGCUGAGACAACCUCGGAUAUCUCAAUCUCGAUGGGCAAGUUCUUGUCCGAAGCCUUGAAUCUCACUCGUGAUCAGGUUGAAGCUGCGGUUCGUGCUUUGAGACCAGACAUAAUCUUCUUCGAUUUUGCUCAUUGGAUUCCAGAAUUGGCUGAAGAGCAUAUGAUCAAGAGUGUGAGUUAUAUGAUAGUAUCUGCAACAGAUAUAGCUCAUACACUUGUCCCUGGCGGUGCAUUAGGUGUUCCCCCACCAGGUUAUCCUUCAUCAAAGGUGUUGUUUCGUGAAAACGAUGCUCAUACCUUAGUAACCUUAUCCAUCUUCUACGAGAGACUUUAUCAUCGGAUUACUACAGGCUUUAAGAGCUGUGAUGUCAUUGCACUUAGGACAUGCAAAGAAAUGGAAGACACAAGUAAACCACUAGAAGAACGUUGGAGCCAAUUUCUGAGCAAGUACCCACCGGGCUCAGUAGUGUUUUGUGCACUUGGCAGCCAAAUCGUUCUUGAGAAGGAUCAAUUCCAAGAACUCUGCUUAGGGAUGGAGAUGACUGGUUUACCGUUUCUUGUAGCACUAAAGCCACCAAGAGGCUCAUCGACGAUCCAAGAAGGCUUACCAGAAGGGUUCGAGGAGCGGGUGAAGGGGCGCGGUGUGGUCUGGGGGGGAUGGGUGCAGCAGCCUUUGAUAUUGUCUCAUCCAUCAGUCGGCUGCUUUGUGAACCAUUGCGGUCCUGGAGCAAUAUGGGAGUGUCUUAUGAGUAAUUGCCAAAUGGUUUUAAUUCCAUUUCUAAGUGAUCAAGUGCUCUUCACAAGAUUGAUGACUGAGGAGUUCGAGGUCGCUGUAGAAGUGUCCAGGGAGAAAACAGGAUGGUUUUCAAAGGAGAGCUUGAGUGAUGCGAUUAAGUCAGUGAUGGAUAAAGAUAGUGACAUUGGGAAGCUAGUGAGGAGUAACCAUGCUAAAUUAAAGGAGGUUCUUGUUAGUCCUGGACUAUUGGAUGGUUACGUGGAUAACCUUGUGGAGGCAUUGGUUGAUUUGAUCAAUGUCAAGAAACAUGAUUAAAUCUAAUAUUAUAUGCUUUGUAUGAUUGGGGAGACAAGAGUUCUUCUUGACGACUCAAACUUUUAUUUUAUGAUGAAUAUAUAUAUUUUUUUUUGUUUAA